GAAUCAAUCUUCAUGCACAACCAAUAGGAAAGAAGAGGGGGCGUGGCCACGUCAGAACUUGUCCAGGCAUGUGAAAGCGGCUACUUCCGGGACGGACACGUGGGAGCUGUGCCGGGCUGCGGAGGAUAUGGCUCCAGGAAAAGGCCAGAUGACGGUAUUGCUGCCCCCCAAAGCUUCUGUGCCCGUCCCAAAGCGCACCCACGGUCCUGCAGGACCUCCCAGCCCCAAAAUGACACCGCAGGGUCCUGGCAGCAAGAAGAGGAGCCGGAAACACCAGCGCUUCAUGGAGCGGAGGGCGCUGCUGGAGAGGAGGGGGCUGCUGAGACCACACCGACGGGUGGGCACGCAGGGACCCCCGGGUGGGCUCAGCAGUGUGACAACACGUGGCUCGAAGGUCUCCAGGCCGGGGCUCUCUGUGUCACCAUCUGCCUCCCCAGAUGGCACUAUGGGCCGCUGCUCUGGGACGUCCACAGGUAACAGCAUCACAGCCAUCCAGCCGUGCCUCCCACGUUCCAAGAAGUAUGUGGCUAUGGACUGUGAGAUGGUGGGCACAGGACCCCGGGGCAGGCAGAGCGAGCUGGCACGCUGCUCCAUCGUCAGCUAUGAUGGUGAUGUCAUCUAUGACAAAUACGUCCUGCCCCUGCUGCCCAUCGUGGACUUUCGUACCCGCUGGAGCGGCAUCACCAAGAGGCACAUGGAGAGCGCCAUCCCCUUCCGUGCUGCACAGGAGGAGAUCUUGAAGAUCCUGAAGGACAAGAUUGUGGUUGGGCACGCCAUCCACAAUGACUUCCAGGCCCUGAAGUACUUCCACCCAAAGGAGAGGACACGGGACACCAGUCGUAUCCCACUGCUCAACCAGAGGGCCGGGCUGCCCCCUGGGGCCAAUGCUUCUCUUAAGAGCCUGGCCAGACACCUGCUGCAGAAGAAGAUCCAGGUGGGCUGCACAGGGCAUUCAUCAGUGGAGGAUGCGCAGACGGCCAUGGAGCUGUACAGACUGGUGGAGGUGCCAUGGGAGGCAGAACUGGCUCUCAGCCAACCCCCCCGACCCCCCAGCCCCACAGACCCCGUCACCGACAGCCACCAGUACAUGGAUGACCAGUACUGGCCCCAGGACCUGAUGGUGGGCACCCCGUGACCAGGGACUGCGCUCUGUCCAUAGUGUUGGGGACAUCCCUGUGCCUUCACCUCUGAGGUGUGGAGGGACACGUGGGGUCCUGGUGCCACCCUGGAGGAGCACAGAGGUGGAAUGGGGCUCUUAGGGCACCUGAUGCCCUCCAAGGUUUGCCCUCCCUGGUAUCAUCUUGCUGCUAAUAGUGGGAGGGCUGAGGCGAGUGGUUUAUCUGAAGGGUCUGUGGUCCAUGCUGCACAUUGUGGCCCUGUGACAGCAGUUCAGACCUGUUGUGCUGCUGCCUGAUUGCUGCAGAGCAUCUGGGGCUGAUGUUACACCACCAUUUUCCUCCCUGGAUUCUUUGCACAGUGAAGCCUGUAAAGGAAAUCCAGGUCUAUAAUCAGUUUCUAUAUCCUGUGGACAAACGGCUUAGAAUGCACUUUGUCAUAUUGGUCCAAUUCUGGAUUAAAAAUGAUUAUUGCAAAAGCUU